CCGGGUGUGUGUGCGUUAGGUAGAGGGGGCCUCUGGCCACUCAGGAGUUAAAAUGGCAGCGGGACUGGAGGGGGUUGGCGUGGCAUGCAGACUGGGAGGAGGCGACCGGAGUGGGCUGGGGAGGUUGGGAGAGCGGCGGAGAAGCGAGUGAGGAGGGCGAGCGCGAAGCCGGGAGGAGGGGCGCGCGUGGAGGGGGUGCCGGGCGCCGCGAGGGCCUGCUCCGGGCACCUGCGAACGCGCGGCGCUCUGAAGCAGCGCCUGGCUCUCGCCCGCCAGCCCCCGGCCACGACGCGCCCAGGGCGCGGAGAGGGGGUGGGGACGGAUUGGGAUUCUGCCAUCGCCCUCACCGGCUGGGCCCUGGAGCCGCUCCCAGGAUAACUCCACGUUGGGGAGGGCGCCCGCCGAGCCUCCCCGGCCUGUGCAGACGGCGCGCGCGGCGGGAGGGCGCGGACCAGCGUCCCCAGCCCGGCCCUGGGCGGAAGGCGAGCGGAGCGCGGCCGCGCGGGCAGCGGACGGCAGACGGUGCCCGGCGCCCACCGGUUAGGGGCAAUUCAAAGGAGGAGUUGAAGCAUUAUCUUCCUAAAGAGAAUGGAACCUCACCUGGGAAGACGAAAUGGACUGCUGGGGAGGAUAGACUGGGCUGCCCCUGAUGGGGCCUGGCAAUGACUGAGCAGGCCCAGCCCCAGAGGACAAGGAAGAGAAGCCAUAUUGAGGAGGGCAAGAAGUGACGCCCGGUGUAGAAUGACUGCCCUGGGAGGGUGGUUCCUUGGGCCCUGGCAGGGUUGCUGACCCUUACCCUGCAAAACACAAAGAGCAGGACUCCAGACUCUUCUUGUGAAUGGUCCCCUGCCCUGCAGCUCCACCAUGAGGCUUCUUGUGACCCCACUCUUGCUAGCUUGGGUGGCUGGUGCCACUGCCGCUGUGCCCGUGGUACCCUGGCAUGUUCCCUGCCCCCCUCAGUGUGCCUGCCAGAUCCGGCCCUGGUAUACGCCCCGCUCGUCCUACCGCGAGGCUACCACUGUGGACUGCAAUGACCUAUUCCUGACGGCAGUCCCCCCGGCACUCCCCGCAGGCACACAGACCCUGCUCCUGCAGAGCAACAGCAUUGUCCGUGUGGACCAGAGUGAACUGGGCUACCUGGCCAAUCUCACAGAGCUGGACCUGUCCCAGAACAGCUUUUCGGAUGCCCGAGACUGUGAUUUCCAUGCCCUGCCCCAGCUGCUGAGCCUGCACCUAGAGGAGAACCAGCUGACCCGGCUGGAGGACCACAGCUUUGCAGGGCUGGCCAGCCUACAGGAACUCUAUCUCAACCACAACCAGCUCUACCGCAUCACCCCCAGGGCCUUUUCUGGCCUCAGCAACUUGCUGCGGCUGCACCUCAACUCCAACCUCCUGAGGGCCAUUGACAGCCGCUGGUUCGAAAUGCUGCCCAACUUGGAGAUACUCAUGAUUGGCGGCAACAAGGUAGAUGCCAUCCUGGACAUGAACUUCCGGCCCCUGGCCAACCUGCGUAGCCUGGUGCUAGCAGGCAUGAACCUGCGGGAGAUCUCUGACUAUGCCCUGGAGGGGCUGCAAAGCCUGGAGAGCCUCUCCUUCUAUGACAACCAGCUGGCCCGGGUGCCCAGGCGGGCACUGGAACAGGUGCCCGGGCUCAAGUUCCUAGACCUCAACAAGAACCCGCUCCAGCGGGUAGGGCCGGGGGACUUUGCCAACAUGCUGCACCUUAAGGAGCUGGGGCUGAACAACAUGGAGGAGCUGGUCUCCAUCGACAAGUUUGCCCUGGUGAACCUCCCCGAGCUGACCAAGCUGGACAUCACCAAUAACCCACGGCUGUCCUUCAUCCACCCCCGCGCCUUCCACCACCUGCCCCAGAUGGAGACCCUCAUGCUCAACAACAACGCUCUCAGUGCCUUGCACCAGCAGACGGUGGAGUCCCUGCCCAACCUGCAGGAGGUAGGUCUCCACGGCAACCCCAUCCGCUGUGACUGUGUCAUCCGCUGGGCCAAUGCCACGGGCACCCGUGUCCGCUUCAUCGAGCCACAAUCCACCCUGUGUGCGGAGCCUCCGGACCUCCAGCGCCUCCCGGUCCGUGAGGUGCCCUUCCGGGAGAUGACGGACCACUGUUUGCCCCUCAUCUCCCCACGAAGCUUCCCCCCAAGCCUCCAGGUAGCCAGUGGAGAGAGCAUGGUGCUGCAUUGCCGGGCACUGGCCGAACCCGAACCCGAGAUCUACUGGGUCACUCCAGCCGGGCUUCGACUGACACCUGCCCAUGCAGGCAGGAGGUACCGGGUGUACCCCGAGGGGACCCUGGAGCUGCGGAGGGUGACAGCAGAAGAGGCAGGGCUAUACACCUGUGUGGCCCAGAACCUGGUGGGGGCUGACACUAAGACGGUUAGUGUGGUUGUGGGCCGUGCUCUCCUCCAGCCAGGCAGGGACGAAGGACAGGGGCUGGAGCUCCGGGUGCAGGAGACCCACCCCUAUCACAUCCUGCUAUCUUGGGUCACCCCACCCAACACAGUGUCCACCAACCUCACCUGGUCCAGUGCCUCCUCCCUCCGGGGCCAGGGGGCCACAGCUCUGGCCCGUCUGCCUCGGGGAACCCACAGCUACAACAUUACCCGCCUCCUUCAGGCCACGGAGUACUGGGCCUGCCUGCAAGUGGCCUUUGCUGAUGCCCACACCCAGUUGGCUUGUGUAUGGGCCAGGACCAAAGAGGCCACUUCUUGCCACAGAGCCUUAGGGGACCGUCCUGGGCUCAUUGCCAUCCUGGCUCUCGCUGUCCUUCUCCUGGCAGCUGGGCUAGCGGCCCACCUUGGCACAGGCCAACCCAGGAAGGGUGUGGGUGGGAGGCGGCCUCUCCCUCCAGCCUGGGCUUUCUGGGGCUGGAGUGCCCCUUCUGUCCGGGUUGUGUCUGCUCCCCUCGUCCUGCCCUGGAAUCCAGGGAGGAAGCUGCCCAGAUCCUCAGAAGGGGAGACACUGUUGCCACCAUUGUCUCAAAAUUCUUGAAGCUCAGCCUGUUCUCAGCAGUAGAGAAAUCACUAGGACUACUUUUUACCAAAAGAGAAGCAGUCUGGGCCAGAUGCCCUGCCAGGAAAGGGACAUGGACCCACGUGCUUGAGGCCUGGCAGCUGGGCCAAGACAGAUGGGGCUUUGUGGCCCUGGGGGUGCUUCUGCAGCCUCGAAAAAGUUGCCCUUACCUCCUAGGGUCACCUCUGCUGCCAUUCUGAGGAACAUCUCCAAGGAACAGGAGGGACUCUGGCUAGAGCCUCCCGCCUCCCCAUCUUCUCUCUGCCCAGAGGCUCCUGGGCCUGGCUUGGCUGUCCCCUACCUGUGUCCCCGGGCUGCACCCCUUCCUCUUCUCUUUCUCUGUACAGUCUCAGUCGCUUGCUCUUGUGCCUCCUGGGCAAGGGCUGAAGGAGGCCACUCCAUCUCACCUCGGGGGGCUGCCCUCAAUGUGGGAGUGACCCCAGCCAGAUCUGAAGGACAUUUGGGAGAGGGAUGCCCAGGAACGCCUCAUCUCAGCAGCCUGGGCUCGGCAUUCCGAAGCUGACUUUCUAUAGGCAAUUUUGUACCUUUGUGGAGAAAUGUGUCACCUCUCCCAACCCGAUUCACUCUUUUCUCCUGUUUUGUAAAAAAUAAAAAUAAAUAAUAACAAUAAUACGGGGGAAAGGAACGAAAGGAAAAUAA